AUGACGUGCAGCGGAGAAGGCCCGGGCAAUUUGGCCUUGGCUAUUUACGGGUUCCGCCAUGUCGAGCGCCAAUAUGAGGCGGCGGGAAUACACUGGGAAGUGAGGACGAUCCGGGAUCGUCUCUCGCUCGGCCACUGUACGCUCCCCGUCUACAGAAAUCCCGAUGCGCCGGUGGUUGCCGUCGCCGCACCGACCGGAAAAAGCAAGAAGAAGGUGGUGGUGAAAGAGCAGCUGGAGCCGCGGGUCGAGCUCUUCGACGCCGACGACCACAAAUACGAAAAGUACCUGAUGAAGCUCGACCCGAAUGACACGAAGAAUCAGGACCACUACAAGGUGCUGGGGCUGAAGAAGCUGCGCUGGGAGGCCACCGCCGAGGAGAUUCGCAUUGCCUACCGUCAAAAAGUGCUGAAGCACCACCCGGACAAGAAGAAGCACGCCGGGAUCCCGCUGCCCGCCGGCGAAGACUUCUUCACGUGCAUCACCAAGGCCAACGAGCAGCUCGGCAUGAGCGAGGCGAAGCGGCGCGCCUACGACUCGGUGGACCCGAAAUACAGCGACGACUUGCCGAACGAGAAGGAGGUGAACGCCAAGAAUUUCUACGAGCUGCUCGGGCCCGUCUUUGCCGAAAAUGGGCGAUUCUCCAUCCCGCAGCCGGUGCCGCUCCUCGGCGACGAAUCGAGCAGCCGCGAGGAUGUGGAGGAAUUCUACUCGUUUUGGUUCAACUGGAAUACCUGGAGGGAGUAUAGUUACGACGACGAGCAGGACAAGGAGAAGGGCGAGGAUCGAUGGGAGAGAAGGGAAAUGGAGAAGGCGAACAAGGUGGAGAGGGAACGACGCCGCAAAGAAGAGAUCAAACGGAUCAGCAACCUCGUCCACAUGGCCCACAACAAAGACCCGAGGAUUUCCAAGUUCAAGAAGGAAGAGGCCGAGGCCAAGGAGAAGGCGAAGGAGGAACGGGCCCGUCUGCGCCGCGAGAAGCAAGAGGCCGAAGAGCUGGAGAAGCGGAAGGCCGAGGAAGCCGUCGCCGCCCAGAAGCGUGAAGAGGCUGCCAAGGAAAACGCCGCAAAACUGGAGGAGAAGCGGCAAAAGGAUGCCGCCAAGCAGGCGAACAAGGCCCAGAAAAAACGUUUGGAGGGGCUGUGCGAAGCGGGCAACUACUGGACGACAGACUCGAAGGAGAAGCUCGCCGCCAUGGAACGCUUCGAUCGGUUGACCUUUUUGCUGAACACGGACGAGAUCGGGGAGCUGUGCGACCAGAUUGAGAAGAUCAAGCUCGACGCCCCGGCCGUCAAUCGACUGAUCCAAGACGCUGAGGACGAAAAGAACCGAGCGCGCACCGCCGCCGAAACGGCCAGCAGGGCCAACAAGGAGAACACGACGACAAAAGAGGCGGAGAUUGUGCUGUGGACCGACGAGGAGAUCCUUCUUCUUACGAAGGCGGCCAACCUGUACCCGGCCGGCACGAUCGACCGCUGGAUCGUGAUCGCCGACUACGUGAAUGAACACCGAAAGGGGCAGACAACACCCAAAAAGACCGAGAAGCAGGUCAUCAAACAGACAAAACUGGUGCAAACGGGACAGGCGAAGCCGACGGCCGCCUCGCAGAACAAGCUCGGCGCCCCGUUGCCCGAUGAGGAAAACUGGAGCGCGAAGGAGCACAGCGCGUUGGAGGCGGCGCUGAAGAAGUAUCCGGCCAGCGACCCGGAGCGAUGGGAAAAGGUAGCCACCGAGGUGCCGGGCCGCACGAAGAAGGACUGCAUCAAACGAUUCAAAUACGUCGCGCAGCUCAUCAAAAAUCAGAAGAAA